AUGGGGAAAUCUCAAAGCCAUACAUCUGAGUCCUUUACUGUGAACGGUGUAGACAAGUAUGCAACGUUUGAAGACGACUGGUUUGCCAAAGGAGCUUCCAGAUACGCCUACCAAGGAAAAAUAUUCUCUGUCAAUGGCUGGUGGUUUGAACGCGGUCAGCGAUGCGUUGUAAAACUCUACAAAGAGGAGUACUGUGCCAAGUUGAACGAAGAAGCUUGGAGAGCGGACAAACGCGCCUCCCUGAAAGCACAAGAAAUGGCUGAGCUGUUCAACGCCACAUACAUCAAUGAUUCAAACUUUGCAAGGAUUGAAGUUCUCAUUCCCAUCAUUUCCCAAAUUAAGACUGCCCCCAACCACGUAGGAAGAAAACCUGUUUCUGGUACUGUUCCUGAUGCUGCUGGUCGCGAAUCCGGUGCGGGAGAAACACGAGCCGAUGUGAUGGUCCGAGAAGGUGCUUCGGUAGCGAUUGAGUAUUUCCUUCGUGGACGGUACGUUGAAUUCUUAAGCAAUACGUCUUUGGUGAACACCGAAGAAAAAUCCUUUGUUCCAGUAGCCUUCUCCCACUUCACGUUUCAUGAAUCAAAAGGUGAGAUCCUUGUGACCGACUUACAAGGAGUUUACAACCAGAAAAGCUACGUCUUCACCGAUCCAGCAGUUCAUAGCAUGGAUAAACGGGGGGCGAAGUUCGGCUACUACGGCCCAACCGAUCUUGGGGUGUACGGCGUGAUGAAGUUUUUCUACGAUCACAAAUGCAAUAGCUUGUGUAAAGGGUUACUCAAACCCGACAUGUCAAACAUUCCAGAUAAUUUGAAGGGGGAUUAA